CGUUUGUUUACGCGGCAUAGAGACGUCGCGCUCGACCACUUUGGAUGUAUAUCUAUACAUAUAUCUAUCUGUAUUGACAUUUUUUAUAAGUGAUAAAUUGGUUUUUGUUAAUCUGGAUUUGUGAUGGAAGAUGAAGGCGAUAUGCCCGUCAAAGACGACAGCAAGCGGCCGCUGAUCGGCGUCAUAGAUGACGGAACGAAGACUGUAAGAUUUGUGAUAUAUGAGGCAGAGAGAUCGGAAGAGUUGACGUCAUAUCAACUCGACAAAACGGAAAUCCAGCCCCAAGAGGGGUGGUGGGAACAAGACCCAUUAGAGAUCAUACACCAUAUCAAAGUGUGUGCUGAACAGGCUAUCGGGCAACUGACUGAAUUAGGUUAUAGUAAAGAAGAUUUGGUAACGUUAGGCAUCACAAACCAAAGGGAAACAACUAUAGCAUGGGACAAACUUACCGGGGAGCCGUUACAUCCAGCUAUAGGAUGGAACGACAUAAGAACAGAUUCAACGGUGGACGCUAUCCUAGCUAAAGUGCCAGACAGAAAUAAGAAUCAUCUGAAGAACAUAUGUGGAUUACCAAUCAGUCCAUACUUCAGUGCUCUGAAGAUGAGGUGGCUGAAGGACAACGUGAAGGCUGUUAGGAGAGCCAGCAGAGACAAGCGGUUACUAUUUGGGACUGUUGACUCUUGGAUUAUAUGGAAUUUAACGGGGGGUGUUCAAGGUGGACUUCACAUUACAGAUGUAACUAAUGCCUCUAGGACUCUACUCAUGAAUUUGGAAACUCUAAACUGGGACCCCAUGCUGUGUAGGUUAUUUGGAAUACACCGUGAUUGUCUUGCACAAAUCCGGAGUAGUUCCGAAGUGUAUGGUGUUGUGAACAAUGGAUCAAUUUUGGACGGCAUCCGAAUAUCUGGAAUAUUAGGUAACCAGCAGUCCGCGUUAGUGGGUCAGAACUGCUUACUUGCAGGUCAGGCUAAGAACACUUAUAGGAGCGGAUGCUUCCUACUUUACAACACAGGAACAAGACGUGUACAGUCCACUCAUGGACUGCUGACUACAGUUGCGUACAAACUGGGACCAAAUGCACCCGCCGUGUACGCAUUGGAAGGUUCAAUAGCCGUAGCUGGUGGCGCCAUGAAAUUCCUCCGGGACAACUUGAAACUAAUAAAAGACAUAACAAAAGACACUGAACACAUAGCUGGCCAGGUUUUUUCCACCGGCGAUGUGUAUUUUGUACCUGCUUUUAGCGGAUUAUAUGCGCCUUAUUGGCGGAAGGACGCUAGAGGUAUCAUAUGCGGUUUGACGUCCUUCACAACAAAAAAUCACGUCAUAAGGGCUGCUUUGGAAGCUGUCUGUUUUCAAACUAGAGAUAUAUUGGAAGCAAUGAACAAAGACUGCGGAAUGCCAUUGUCGAAACUCCAUGUUGACGGCAAGAUGACAUCCAACGAUCUUCUGAUGCAGCUCCAAAGCGAUCUCAUCGGUAUCCCAGUGUUGCGUGCCCAAUCGUGGGAUAUGUCUGCGUUGGGCGUAGCGGUAAUAGCGGGGGAUAGUACGGGCGUGUGGAGCUGCGAGAAAUGGCGACGUCACGCCACAGCUACCGAUACUUUCCUGCCCACUGCCACUGACGACGAUCGAGAUGCGAGAUAUACCAAAUGGAAAAUGGCCGUGCAACGUUCCCUCGGAUGGGCGACUACCAAAAAAUCUAUCGCAAUGACAGGUCAGACCAAAAGAAAGGGUAGCAUGGUACAUAAUAUACAAAGCUUCGACAAUACCAGUAGGAAAAAUUCGGUAUUAGACGAGAACCAAACAGAAUCUAGGAAAAACUCUUUAGCUAGCACUAAUUCUAGUAGGGGUACAUCUCUCUACGAAUAUACCAACGGCGAGAGUAGUAAAGACAAUUCUUUGCUGGAAUAUUCCAUGGAAACUGAUAAACACGUAACGCCAUCUAUUGAUAAUAGAAUGCAAUCUUUCGAGUAUUCAGAAGACGGCGUAAACGCAUACGAAGAACUUCUAAAAUAUUCCGCUAGGAAGUUUUCAGUAUACGUUCCAUCGAAACCUAGAAAACCGGAACAUACCAUAUUAGAUGAUGCCGAUUAUUUUAACGCUAAAAAGGAAUGCGAUUACGGCAUGUGCCAGUGUUGCGAUGUAGAGAAAAAGGUACUAACUAACUGGAAAUCGAUUGAGGAAAUAAUCGAGAACGACCCAGAGAUUAUAUUCGAUUCUGACGACAAUCCGAUUAUUGUCGAACCGGUCCAUGAGUCUAAUGACGAUUCUAUACAGGAAUUGUCGAACGUGUUUAAAGUUAUAUAUAAUAAAUUAACGCAUACUAAUUUAACGUGAUUCCUAUUUACUGUUACUCUAUGGUUUUAUCGGUUUGUUAUUUUAUAUAUAUCGCACAUCCCAUAGAACAAUUAAAUAAUUGCAUUAUUAAUUUUUUAAGAAACUCGAAAAUAUAGUAUGAAAUAGGAUAUAUUCUAAGAUAACCACAAAAUUGUUAUUUAUCGAUACUAACUUAAAGGUCAUUGAAUUAUAAUUUAGUCAUUUAAUCUUUAGAUUAGUAAAUCAGUAACUGAUAAUUAUCACAUGAAAUUGUAGUAUUUUACUUUUUUUUUGUAAUUAUAUUAUUGUUCUACCGGAUGAUGGAAUGUCGCGAUGUUUAUUUUAUAAAAAUUAUUUCAAAACAUGAAAAUCUAAAAAUACGAAAUGAAAAUCUAAAAACACCGGAAACUAAAAAGAAAAAAAAAAUACCUUGAAAUUGGCUUUGCCUAUGAUUUCUCAACACAACAACAAAUAAAAAAUAUAAUCAUUCUCUACUUUAACAAUAAUCAAAUGUUCAGGAAUUUCUAAAUAAGAUAAAUAUCAUGACUGCUCUAACGAAUCGAUUGUAAUUUAUUAAUCGAAUGAGUAUUAUGUAAUCGAAUACAUUUUAAAGUCUGUUUUACUGUAGAAUUUAUCAUUGAAGAUAUUAUAGACUUAGGAUAGACGUUAGUAGAUGUAUUUUUCAUUUCUUAAAAGACAUAUUGUGCCAAUAUGGCUAAUAAAUAGCAAAGCAUUAUAAACAUUAGAAAAUUUGAUAAUUGAUAGAAAUAUGUACUUAAACAUAUGUUAUUUUAUAUUCAAUACUAAACGUAUGAAUUUCAAAUGUAUUGUCUAUAUUUUAAAUAUAAAUAAGUUAAUUUAUUUACGAGUCUUUAAAAUAAAAGUAUUAUUUUAUUCUUUCAUUUUGGGUCUUUAUUUCUUUUAA